ACACUGCCUGUGAUCCAGUGAUAUCAGCGAGCAGAUUAUUUAAACCUUGAACGCAUCCAGAGAACAGAAGUCAUGGGGGAGAGAAACAGUCUUCACCCUCCUCCAGCGAUGAUGAUUGAGGACUAUGGCCGGCGAGAUGCGUCAGUCAACACCAUGUCUCCGAGGGUCAUUGUGGCCGGAGAGCCUGGGUCAGGCAAGACAUGGGUGCUGCUGCACAAGGGCACGGAAUGGUUGCUAGGAGGCAAUGAUGUCAAUGUUGUGAGUACUCGGAGGUGGAGUCGUACUCCCUGCACGAUGUUAUACAAUCAGCUACAGCAGGUCAGAGCUGCUCAACCAACAGGAGCAGUAGCCCUCGGCCAACUUCACUUUUGGCAGUUUGAUUUUGCUCACGAGAAGGACGUGGAGAAGGCCGUGAAGGAUUUGUCUGAGGAGGCAAGAGGAGGGUCGUUGUAUGUCAUCGCUGAUGAAGUAUAUGGACAAAACUUCAGGAAGUUCUGUGACCAGCUACAGCAAGUCUGUGAUGUUCAUCGUCUUCAUCUCUGGGCGGCAGCUAGUGACCGUGAAGAUCCACCCUCAGGCUGGUUAGGGGUCAGGCCGGGUAACUCUGUCACCCGAAAAAUACCCAAAGUCACUCAACUCUAUCACCGAGGUCCAGGUCACUCGGGUGGAGCAGAUAACUGCGAAAGCUGUGGUCGGGAGGUGGCCCGCUACCUACACAGUCUCCGUGCUACGGGUAGGUUUGGGCAUGUCGUGAGCGUCUGUGAACUCGGGUAAAGCCACCCGAACAAUUAAAAUUUUCAAUAAAGUAGAUUGUUGAUAAGUAUCUUCAUUGUCUACAUCAGUCUUUGUACAUGCUGUACUGAGCACAGUGUAACUGUUCACAGGGAAGGUGGCGGUGCCAGACACCCUGGAGUGGCGAGACAUCCUGGUGCUGACCGGGUACGACAUUGAUGAGAACACGAGUGUGAUAAGAGGACUAAAAGAAGCGGGUAUUCCAGUGAAUGUGAUGAGAAAUGAUAACAUUGAUGACGUGGUCACGUGCCGUAGUGACGUGGUGUGGGUAACGGACAGGGAUCGCGUUCGUGGUUUGCAGAGGAAAGUCGUUGUGUAUCUGCAAGUUGUAGGUGCACGUGACAACCGCCAUGGAGACACUCUGUUCAUGUCUCAUUGUACAUCCCGAUUUGUGAAAGUCGUCUCUUAAUCUGACAGUUAAAAGUAAAUUUAAUCUCAUUUUUUCUUAAAUUUAAAUUAAAAUUGUCUUUUUCUGCUGGUUGGUGUGUCAAGCGUGUGUUAGGUCUGUACCGACAUCUGUGAAAGUAUUUUGACAGCUGUUUCUAGAAAACUUAAAGCAUUUCAGGGAAAUUCUGUGCAUGAAACUACACAAGGGGAGACAACCCCGGCAAAACUUUUUGAGAUAUUUCGAUGUCCUCCCUUUGAUGGCGAGCUGUUCACUCAAACUUGCCUGUCCACCUGCUGCCACAUCUACCUGACUUCCUUCUCGUCGUGUAAAAGAUCCACCAGAGUUUAAAAUUUGAUAAAUGUUAUCUACGAUUGUUAUUAUUUAAAUAUUGUCUCUAUUAUUAUUCAUGUUUCAUUUAUGUUUUUUUUAAUAAUCAGUGUCAGACGGUGCCGGUCAGACGUUUUUUUUCUGAGAUUACUUUUUUUUCCAUCACCGAAUCACAUUCCUAGUUUCUACUUCCAAUGUGACGGGUAAUCAUGGUCCGAUUUGCACUCGUUAACCUUAAACUUGGACUGUUUGUAGCUGGUGCCUACAGUAACAUUUCCUAAGCUUGUGUAGUAAACUCUUUAAUCUAAUUGUGUAGGAUAUUCUUUUUUAUAAAAGGGUGUUAAAAUUUAGUAUAAAGUGUAAAUAUGUUUAUUUGACUUUAGAUAAUGUCUUACAACACAUUUGAUUGAGAACUGUUCUAAAAAUUGAUGAACAAAAAUAAAUAUAAAUUUACAUCUUUCACAAGUGU